AUGUUAUUUUAGCUUAAUGAAUCUGAAGAGAUUUAUUCUUUUGAAAAUGAAGAGGAAAUUUAAAAAGCCAUAAAAUUUGAUAAAAUAGGAGAAGUGAUUUUAGAUUAUAAGUAUAAAUCAAUCACUUAUUAAAUAAAUCGGAUAAAAUGUAUUAGAUUAUCAGAUUUUAUAUUUUGGAUAGUAAUAUAUAUAAUUCAUUAUAUUUUAGUAAUCAGAUUUUAUUCGAAUUCAUUUAGGGUAAUUAUUGUGUUUGAUCUUCGACUUAAUAAAUAAAGUAUAAAUUAUGGAAUCUCAAGGUAUUGAACAUUAUUAUCUUGAUUUAAACAGAAUUUGGCUAAAAUUAUAAGAAAACAGUUAUCCUAGUAUAAUUUAUUAAUUCUUGUAUUAUCAUAUACAUUUCACAGGAUAUUAAUCUCCUUUUUAUGAAAAAAAAGAUAGUUCACUUCCAAUUAAAGCAUCAAUCAAAAUCAAAGAAAUUAUUUAAAUUAUUAUUUAUCGUUGUUUCAAUCGAAUUCAUUUGAAAUGGACAGAUCCUCGGAAAAGGGAGGAAUUAUAUAAUGCGAUUAUAAAACCAAUUAUGGAUUUAUGUAAAUAAAAUUCAUCAUCAAUAUUUUAAAUAAAUAUCUAAAUUUAAGAAACAUUAAACUAGUAUAAAUAUUAAGAUGAUAAAAAAAAUAAUAUUGUCUAAUCAUUAUAAAUUGAUGAUAAUGUUGCUGAUUUUAUUGGAUCUUAGAGAGAAAAAGCUAUUUCAAAAGUUAAAAAAGAUUUAAAUGAUCUAAUUGAAUUUGGAAGUUAAUAUAGAUAAAUUGGUAUAGAUUUUUUAUUACAAUAACAAAUUCCAAUAAUAAGUAAACAUUUAGAAUCAUACUCCAAAGUUAAAUUAGAAUAUUUUAUACAAGCUUAAUAAUAAGGGAAUAAUUUAUAAAAAAGAGAAAUUAAAAUAAAAUAAAUUCUUUAAUAAAAAGUUUAAAUAUUGAUACCAGAAUCUUUAAAAAAAUAUGAUGAAUAUUUUAAAUUUGAAAUAACAAAAUAAGAAAUUGGUACACUUGAAUAAGAGAUUAUCACUUCAGUCCUAAAAUCUUAAUAAGUUCAAUAUUUUAAUAAUACUUAUUGGUUACAUUCCAAUAAUUAACAUAUUGAUGAUUUUAUUUUUGCAGCUAUUCCUAAAAUUAUAAAUCAAUAUGUUGAUGAUAAAAUUGAAGAAAUGAUUACCUAUAAAAAUUUAAGAUUGAUUGAUGAAUUUUUCUGA